GUUUAACGCAACAAAUGAUUCCGUGGUAUAUAGGCAGAAUGCCACUAACACUGAAAUGACGUUGUCGAGGGGAAAGAGGUUUUUGCUAUUCCCAAGAAAUGCUUUAUUACUUGUUACGAUUGCAGCAGCAAAAAUUCUUAUAUUUCGUUAUCCAGCGGCGUCUUAUGGUCUUAUAGAGUGGGAUUUGUUAUACCCUCUUCCAGAUUAUACAAACCGCAUUACGCAAUUCCAAUUCGGCGAAAUAUUUACAAAGCCAAAUGGGCCGGUGUUACUUCCUCCAACGCCUCCACAGCCAACAACGACAUCAGCACCACCCCCACCCGCAGUUCCACUGGAACAUUCCCACCAUGAACACCACCACGGGCAUGAAGUAUCGGAAAUGGAGCUACAAUCGUAUCUCAAAGAUCAUCCAGAAACGUGGGUACCUCCGGGAUACGGCAAAGAUAGAUCGGACUGGAUCGCACCGAACUCCUACAAUCCAUAUCAGAAACAUCGCAUUAGCCCUAUUAAUGAUUCAUACAAACGACGCAACCAGACGAAUUUCAAUCGCAUGGGGAGAGCUGCUGAUGGUUUAAGUGAUAACGAUUUUUUAGUAGAGGAAGAUACGCACAACAUCAGCCAACAUCGCGAUUGGGAAAGUUUUUAUCAUUACCGCGAAAGGCGAGAUUUGUAUCAUGCCAUGGAACAUGCUUUAGGGAAAAGCCACCGGUUGCAGAUAAAAACAUGCGUUUUGCGAGCCAUAUGUGAAGCACGAAAUCUACUCCGUCCAAAGAAAAAGUCCAUGAUUGUGGAAAUGGCCAGGCUUAUGUUCAGUGUUCCAUUAAAAGAUGACCUUCAAGAUGACUACAGUGAAGCGAUGAGACAUGACAAUUUGGAUUGUACAGCUGUUUAUGGCGACAAAUGCGCCGUGAGUAUUUUGUCGAUGCUUCUGUUCGGAAAGUUUGAACCUUCGUUCGAAUAAACUAAUAAAAAAAAUAUA